GCCACUGACAAGUGAGUACAGCCCAAAGGUGGAGUAGCUGUGGCUCUUCCAGAGUCUGGGUGGGGCCGCCGAGGUGUGUCCCUGCGUUGAGUCACGAUCCAGCGACAGUCAGUGCGUACUCACGCAGAUCACAAGGUGCACGGACCGGAGCUUUCACUUAUUGGGGUUUUCUGCGGCCAAGUCAACACAUCAUCUGUCACCCGCUGUCUGUCCGCCGAGUCCGGCUUCCUGCUCCGGACAGUACACCGUCAGAAGAUCCGGGGGGGAAUUGAAACAAAACAAAAAAAUGGCUAAAGUGCUGUUAUUCACCUUGUGCGUAACGCUGAUCCUUCCCCGGGUGGAGUCGUGUUUCAUCCCGAGGCUCCUCUCCGUGGAGGUGCCGCCAGAUAUUCCGCGUGAAUAUGAAAUCACCAGAGUCGAUGUCUCAAACUGCGACAGAAGCUCCGUGCGGAUCACUGUGACGGACCCGAGUUUCACGGUGAUGUCGAGCGGGGCGAUAGUGGCUUCCACGGCCGUGUACGUGGGGGGGAGAGGGCGGACAUUUUCUGUGCGGGCCCGGGAUGACGCGGGGCCGGGAAGUGAGAUGGAAGUUCACCUUGUAGCCAGCACUCCUGCAUGGAGACCGUCACCCAAGAAAAGCCAGGACUUCCUGAAACGCUCCAAGAGAAGGUGGGGGCCCGCCCCCUUCAAUAUAUUAGAGAAUGACAACUUCAACCUUCCCAAAAACAUAGAUGUGGUUGCGUCCGAUUCUGCAGCCAUCCAAGAAGUGUACUACACCAUCAGCGGACCCGGUGUUGAAAUGAACCCAGUCGGCGUGUUCUCCAUGGAGAGAAAUGGGAUGUUGAAGGUGCACAAACCAGUUGAUCGUGAGAAGUUCCCAAACUUUACAUUGAGGACCAGAGUUUUCAACAAAGUGACACAUAAGGAGACAGACCUUUUCUUUGACAUCAAAGUAAUUGUGGACGAUGUGAAUGACAACGCUCCGGAAUUCGAUUCCCCCCUGAAGUUCACCAUGCUCGAGCAAAGCAAAGCAGGGACAGUGGUGGGGAAGGUGAACGCUUCAGACAAAGACGAACCAGGCUCCCUCCAUGUAAAGAUCAAGUAUACUCUCAAGAAUGGAUUAGACCUGUUCGCCAUUGACCCGGUUACCGGUGUCAUCACCACAGUAACCAACACCCUGGACAGAGAGGUCAAAGACAAGCAUUUGGUGACAGUGGAAAUCAGAGAUUUGCAGGGUGCAGUCACCGGGCUGUUCAAUACGGCAACAGCAACAAUUGAGGUGGGGGAUAUCAACGACAACCCGCCGACCUUCACAAAAGCCUCUUACACAGCCAGUGUCGAAGAAAAUGCACAAGAUAAACUCAUCCUUCGAAUUCCCGUCGAGGACAAGGAUCAAGUAGACACGCCGAACUGGAUUUCAAAAUUCGUCAUCACCAAAGGAAAUGAAAACGGCAACUUCAGGAUGGAGAGGGACCCCAAGACAAACGAUGGUCUUCUGUACGUCAGUCAGCCCUUAAACUACGAGCUAAACCCCAAAGUCAAUCUGGAGAUCACGGCACGUAACGAAGCUGACCUGAGCGGCACCACGGCCCAGUGGAAGACCAUCCCCGUGGACCUCACCGUCGGCGACAUCGACGAGGGCCCAGAAUUCACAGCUCCUACCGUCAGGUUCAACGUCAAAGAGAACACGCCGAACGGCACGUUGAUAGGAAGCUACACGGCCGUGGAUCCCGAGACCAAAAGCAGCAACGGCAUCAAGUACUACAAGGUGUCAGACCCAGCCCUCUGGAUCAAUGUGGACAAAAAUACAGGAGAGCUGAAGGUUGCAAACACAAUCGACAGAGAGUCCCACUUUGUCCAAGGUGGAACUUACAACAUCACCGUGAAGGCUGUUGAUGCUACCGCCAAAACAGCCACAGGAAAAGUCAUCAUCGUGGUGGAGGACGUGAACGACAACAUGCCAACAGUCCCCGCCAGUGAGCUGAGAAUGUGCGAGCAGCCAGGCGAGCUGGGCUCGGUCGUGGUUGUGGCUGAAGACAAAGACGAAACUCCCCUGUCUUCCCCUUUCACCUUUAGUAUGCCCACUGACAGCGACGGCCAAUGGUCAGUGGUGAGACUUAAUGAAACCGCAGCGGAGUUGAAGCACAACAAAGAACUUCCAACUGGGAUGCACAGUGUUCCAGUGGACAUUAGAGAUCUGCAGGGCUUUGGUAAAACACAGAUGGUGCCAGUCAGGAUCUGCCAGUGCAGGAACGGAGUCUGCUUGGACCAGGAGAGAUCGACAUCAUUGGGGAGCAUGGGUAUUCUGGCUAUGCUGUUACCUCUGGCCCUCCUCCUACUGCUCGGUUUGCUCCUCGGCUUGUUCUGUAUGACGCAGAGAGAGAAGCUGCAGCUUGACGAUAUAGGAGACAGCGGUGGAAUCAUCCUCAAAUCAAACACCGAGGGCCGAGGGGAUGAAGUGGAUGUCAGUCUCCUCCCUGUCUCCAGCUUUAACGGCGAUGAAGUAACAAAGGGCUCAGUUAAGGGUGUGAUGAGUGCAGGAUACCCGGUAUUAAACGGCAUGAGCACAAUCGGAGGCCAUAACACGACCGACAACUGGAUGUACAAGUCCGGCGCUGACUUGCAAUACACGAGCAACAUCGAUGCCCAGUACGCCAGCAACUAUGAAGGCCAGCUCGUUGGAAGUGGCGUGAACUUCGACAACGGACAUCUUCUGCAGGGAUCAUCUUUUCUCCACAACUGGGAAGCCAACGGCCUCUAUCUACGCGAGAAACUGCACUACCUGGGAACAGAGGAGGACGGCUGCUACGCGGAGGACAUCAACCACUCCUACGGUUUCGAGGGCGUGGGCUCGGCCGCCGGCUCUGUGGGCUGCUGCAGCGACUUUGGCGACAGCGAUAACCUCGACUUCCUAAACGCACUCGGACCGAAGUUCAAGACUCUCGCAGACGCCUGUCAAAAGACAUGAACGAUGGAGCUGAAAUAAUGGUGUUUACCCUUCACCGUCCAGCAAGUGGAGCGAGGCCUGGGAUCCGAGGGCUCGAUGAACACGAAUGGAAAAAAAAUGAACAAGCCGGCGGCACCAGUGUGUGCACGCGCUGCUCUGCCAUUGCUUAUUGUUUAGUUAGCUUUUUCUUAGCUGUUAUUUUGGUAAGAGUCUUUUGCACUGAGAACUAUGAUGUACAUAAUCUGUAUGUACUGUAUUAACAUGUCGCUAGGCUUCACAGGUCAUGAAGUUUGUUGUUGAUAUACAUGCAGUGAAGGGCUGUUGGGGGUUUUAUAAUUAAUUCGUAACAAAUGUGGUUAUUUAGGUUUUUAUUCAUUAGUGCUGUUGAUGGUUGAUGAUACAGUCUUGCGUUUGUGUCGCUGCUUGUUUGCAUAAUUGGAUAGUUUUGAUAUAUUUUUUAAAGAAAAAUAAAUAACUAAAUGAAAUGAGACAUGCACUUUUUAAUAUUAAAAAAUGUCUAAUUUACAUUCCUUUCAUAUUUAUAAUUGACACACAGUUAAUGUUGACUGACUUUCAAUGUUCUUUUUAGACAGUAGUUGUCUGGCGCCUUGGCGUCCUCCGUGGUGGUGAACAGGGCGUAGGUUCAGGCUCGGCUGUGCCUCAGGUUAUUGCAACAUUCUGGCAGUAAUCCCACAAAAGUCAGCACAAGGGCGUGACAGGGCGGAGUGAGGCGUCAACGACAUCGCGGUGCAUUGCAACACUCUGUGUACAAGACGGAAAGAAAGUGAACCAGUUCAGACAAAGGUUCUCACAAUCUUGGACAUUCCCCUGUGCUCAUAUGUCUGUGUGUGUAUGUGUGUGUGUGUGUGCGUGCGUGCGUGUGUGUGUGCAUUCAGCUGUUAAAUCUGUAAUCAUGUAUUGCCAUUAAAGAAUGUGUCCCCCUGUGAA